AUGCUUGGAUUAUUUGCUUGUCUAAGUUUAUCUGCAUGUCCUGAAUCUAAUACUCUCACACUCAAUGAAGGAGUACUUAGCAUUCCCAAUAGUUCUUACGAAAAUUGUAUGAAUAUUAAGGCAAUUAAUCUACCUCAGUCUUUGAUCUCAAUAGAUUCCAGAGCUUUUUAUGGAUGCCAAAGCAUAUUGAGUAUAGAAUUACCUCCUAAUUUGGAACUAAUCGGGUCUGAAGCGUUUUCAAAUUGCAUUAAUUUAAAAAAUGUAACGUUUUUAAAUCCAAACACAGUUAUUAGUGAGUUUGCAUUUAAAACUUGCUAUCUAUUAACUCGUAUUGAUUUACCUUCCAAUCUAACAAUAAUUCCAGUCGGAGCUUUUGAAUCAUGUUCAAAUUUAUAUAACGUUAAUUUACCAGAAUCAGUAAAAGAAAUUGGAGAAUCAGCAUUUUGUGAUUGCGGAUUACUUAUUUUUAUUAAUCUUUCGAAUAUUGAAGUAAUUGGAAAAAAUCUUUUUACAAUACUUGUCUAA